AUGGGGUCUGAUCUAGGUUUGACACGAAAGCCUAGCACAUCGUGGAGGCGACCGUUCGGCACUCCAUGCAUGGCAAAUGCCGCCAAAGUGUCGUCGGUUGUCACAUUUAUGCCAAGGCAGGCAGGAAGCUGUACCAUAUCGUUUGGGGAUUACAAAGGAUCGGAAUACAUCACCGACAGUACGGUCGGACUUCCAAAAUGCCUCGUGCAGAGUCGAUUCCUCAAAGUACAGCAGCACCGGGUCCGAAUGCCGCCAGAUUCCGACAACAUUAUUGAUGACUGGCUAUGGAUCGACUACCACGAUCGGAUCAACGUACUCGUCGAAGCCCCCGUCGAACAAGAUAAUUCCCAGGAAAGGCACUUUUACGUGUUUGAGCAAUCCAAAUACGCCUUGGAAAACCGCAAUUCAAUCGCAAUCGUAGGGGGCAUUAUCGAACCUGGCGAACAAGCCGAACAGGCUGCACAACGAGAAGUCGCCGAAGAAAUGCACGUUUCGUGUCUGACAUUUAAAUUAUUGGGACGCUUUCGGACGGACGUCAAUCGUGGUAUGGGCUGGACAAAUAGCUUCCUCGCUUUGGACUGUAAGAAAAUUACGGAACGAAGUUUUUCAAACGACGCAUUCAAUGUGGAGGAAGUUGGCGUUGCGGAUACGGAACGGCAAGAUCUGCAAACUGUUCCACUUUCAAAACUUAGAGAGCUCGCUGCGCAAGGAAAGUUUCUAGAAAUCCAGUGGACAGCAACCGUUGCUACUGCGUUAUUACAGCCAGAACUACAAUAG